CUGACCUGAUGUGCGCAUGGAUCGAGGAAAUUGAAACUUAGGUGUGUAGCCUACUGUGAAAUAACAUAAGCAGUCUGCAGUAAGAAUGACAAGGGAUCAACAUUGCCAUAUGAACAAAUUGAUGCUAAGCACAUCAAAACCAUACAAAAGAAACCAAUAUUUUACAAACUAAUUUAGUUUUUAUUGUGCGCACCACUACUUUCGUUUACAUUAAGCAGUUUCAGAAUAAACGAAACCAAAAGUGGAGGGUUUAUAAACCGGUCAAGCAUCUCAGCGAGCGCAUCUCACAGCAGUGACGCUGGUGAACUGAAUAUAGUGCAGACAUGUCUCAAUGCGGUUCUUCAAAUGGAAAAAGCAGUGGUCUGAACCAGCACUAUGAAGAGAAGGUGCGUCCAUGCAUUGACCUAGUGGACUCUCUCAGGUCACUGGGUGUUGAAAAGGACUUGAACCUGCCAGCUAUUGCUGUCAUUGGUGACCAGAGCUCAGGAAAGAGUUCUGUGUUGGAAGCCCUUUCUGGCGUGGCCCUGCCUAGAGGAACAGGUAUUGUGACACGAUGUCCUUUGGUUUUGAAACUGAAGAAAGUUACAAAGGCCAAUAAAUGGCAUGGAGUGAUAUCAUAUAAGAAACAAGAAAAGAAACUAAAAGACCCAGCGGAAAUAGAAGAUGCUGUCUUAAAUGCUCAGACAGUAUUGGCUGGAAAGGGUGAAGGGAUCAGUCAUGAUAUGAUCACUCUGGAGAUCCAGUCCAGUGAUGUUCCUGACCUCACUCUCAUCGACCUGCCAGGCAUCGCUAGAGUUGCCACUGGAAACCAGCCAAUAGACAUUGAAGAACAAAUAAAAGGUCUAAUUGAAAAGUUCAUUAAAAGACAAGAGACCAUCAGUUUGGUUGUGGUGCCUGCUAACAUUGACAUUGCCACCACUGAGGCACUGCGGAUGGCAUCCAAAGUCGAUCCAACCGGACAAAGAACUCUGGGUAUUCUGACUAAGCCAGACUUAGUGGACAAAGGGAUGGAGGAGACGGUGGUCAAAACAGUCAAUAAUCAAGUAAUACAACUGAAGAAGGGAUACAUGAUCGUUAGGUGCAGAGGUCAACAAGACAUCAAUGACAAACUUGAUCUGGUCCAAGCCCUGGAAAAAGAAAGAAAGUUUUUUAAUGGAAAUUCUCAUUUCAGGGCUCUUCUUGAAGAUGGAAAAGCUACAAUACCCCGUCUUGCAGAAAGACUCACGAAAGAACUGGUUGAACACAUUGCUAAAACACUGCCACAGCUGCAGAAACAACUUGAGAUGAAAUUACAGAAGACUUCUGAGGAACUUAAAAUGCUAGGAGAUGGAGUUCCUCUUGAUGAAAAUGAGAAGAGCAAUUUUCUGAUUAUGAAAAUUCGCCAUUUCAAUGAUGCCACUGAAGGAGUAAAGAGAGCAGAAGAAGAUCUGAAAAACUCAGACACAAGGGUCUUUUCCAAAAUCAGAUGGGAAUUUGGAAGAUGGAAAAUUGCCCUGGAUUCCAAAGCGAUUAAGACGGAGGAAAUCCUCAGAGAUGAGGUACAGGAGUAUGUUAGGACUCAUAGAGGAAAGGAGCUUCCUGGAUUUGUGAGCUAUAGAACCUUUGAGACCAUUGUCAAGAAACACAUUGAGUUGCUAGAGGAGCCUGCUUUGAAGCUGCUCAGAGAUGUCAAAGAAAUUGUUCACACCUGUGUGAACCGUGUAGUUUACUCUCAUUUUAAUGCCUUUUCUCACCUGCUGAGGGCUGCUAAAGAUCCAAUUGAAGAUUUUCUCGAAGAGCAGUUUCAGAAAGCUGAGGAGAAAAUACAUUCUCAGUUUAAGAUGGAGAAAAUUGUUUACUCCCAAGACAACCUUUACAGUACCCAGCUAGAAACAGUAAAAGGGAAACCUACAAUAGGUUUUGGGAUAAAGACACCAUUAUUUAGUGCAGAUGUUCAAGAGAUGGCAUACCAUCUCACUUCCUAUUUAAAGAUUACCUGUGACCGUCUGGCCAAUCAAAUUCCGCUGAUAGUCCAGUACCACAUGUUGGACCAAUACAUCUCUCAGCUUCAGAAUGCAAUGCUUGCCAUGAUUGGAGGGAACAAUCCAGGAAUGCUGCUCCGAGAGGAUUCUAGUGUUGCGGAUAAAAGGAAGGAACUGAAAGAGAGCCUGGAGCGCCUGAAGAGUGCAGGCAAAAUCCUGUCCAAGUUUGUGCAUUCUGCAUAAUUGUAGGUACUUUAGCACUGUCAACUCACAGCAAAAAGAUCUCUUGGGUUGAGUCAUAUCUGUGCUAUAGGAUUUCUCUGUGAGGCAUGUUUUUCUCAUGUUGCUGGUGGGUUUCCUCCAGGUGCUCUGGUUUACCCCAGAGGUCAAAGCCAUGACUGUUUAUUUAGUUUCAAUUCGACAUUAAAUCUAAAUUGCCUCUAUUAAUUUUCUUAUUUCAUGUUACUGGUUUUAUAAUGACAAGCACUUAUACAUUAUGAUCUUGUGUUAUGGACAGGCCUUGAACAAAUGGCAUUUUUUGUUCUCUUUUCCUGUUUCCUGUGUCCUGUGAUUGGAUGGAUGUUCUCUUUUCUGUCUUAAACCAUUCCAUUAAUAAUAAUAAUAAUAAUAAGAAGAAGAAGAAGAAGAAGAAGGAGAAGAAGAAUAUUGGUUUGUUUUAGUUUUUUUCAGUCAAAGCAUAGCAAAUGAAUAGCAAAGGGAGUCUGGUGAGCUGUUUGACAACACAGCAUCCCAGUUCAUCACUUUUGUUGCUACUUAAUUGCUUCUUUACUCAUGAUGUAGAGACACACCUGAGUAACUGAUUAUUACUCUUUAACAUGUUACAAAUUAAUUUUAAUAUUCAUAUGUUUUGUAGUAACAAAUUGCUUGCUUUCUGUAUAAUUUAUUGGCUGAAUAAAAAGACAAGAAAAUCAUGUAGCUAUAUUAAUAAGCCAGUUGUAGGGCAUAUGGUGAAAAGUGAAAGAUUCAAUUAAUGUUGUUCUCUGCAUUACAGUAUUUACUGCUUGUGCAGUUAAUAAAUAUUUAAACAUACAUUAAUUCUUGAAUUCUUUU